CUCCCCCAGCGCCACAGCCCUUGAGCCUCUCGGUCCCAUCCUCGCACUCCUGCUCCGGCUCCUCCAUCUUGGCCUCGGCAGUGGCUGCUCCGGGGAGGAUGUGCCGCCUCCUGGCAGGGGGAAGAAGGAGGAGAAGAUGAAGUACCACCGGCGGGCCUUGGCCCUGGUCUCCUGCCUCUCUCUCUGCUCUCUAGUCUGGCUUCCCAGUUGGCAUGUAUGCUGUAAAGAGAGCUCUGCAGCUUCAACGUCAUAUUAUUCUCAAGAUGAUAAUUGUGCAUUAGGAAGUGAAGAUAUACAGUUCCAGAAAAAGAGUGAAAGAGAGGACUCUCGUAAUGCUGAGCUAUCAGAAAAAUUGAAUUCGUAUUUACCUAUCCCUCCAGAAGAAAAUAAAUUAGAAGAUGACUAUACUGUCGAUGUACAACAGAAUACGGAAACAGCAACGUUAAGUCUGCCUGUGGUUGAAGCACGCCCCACAGCUGGUUUACAUGAAGAUUCUUCCAGUGUAGUUGGGGGCAGUGAGAACAUCGAAAAUAGAUCAAGUUCAUCUACCUCAGAGACAACUCCAGUCUCAAAGCUUGAUGAAAUAGAAAAAUCUGGUACUUUAUCUGUAGUCAAACCAGGUGAAAUGGAGCAUCCUGAAGCUGACUGUGAUGCUGGUGAAGCUCCUGAUGCAGAUGCUCCAGUGCAACAAGCUGCUUUUGUCAGUCCACCUGAGAGCCUUGUUGGUCAGCAUAUAGAGAAUGUGUCAUCUUCACAUGGCAAAGAAAAAGUAACAAAAUCAGAAUUUGAAUCAAAAGUUUCAUUGAGUAAACCAGAUGGUGAUGAUCCAAAGUCUGCAUUGAAUGUUUCAGAUACUUUACAAAAUAAGAACUCAGAUUAUAUAAAACCAGGAGAAACUGACCCUACAUCUGUCACAGGUCCCAAAGAUCCAGAAGAUAUACCAACAUUUGAUGAAUGGAAGAAGAAAGUUAUGGAAGUAGAAAAAGAAAAAAGUUUGUCUACAGGUCAGUCCUUGCAUCCAUCUUCUAAUGGAGGUCCACAUGCCACCAAAAAGGUCCAGAAAAACAGAAAUAAUUAUGCCUCAGUAGAAUGUGGUGCCAAAAUUUUGGCAGCUAAUCCAGAAGCCAAGAGCACAUCUGCUAUUCUUAUAGAAAAUAUGGACCUUUAUAUGUUGAAUCCUUGCAGCACUAAAAUUUGGUUUGUUAUUGAACUUUGUGAGCCAAUUCAAGUGAAACAGUUUGAUAUUGCAAAUUAUGAAUUAUUUUCUUCUACUCCCAAAGACUUUCUGGUUUCUAUCAGUGACAGGUAUCCCACAAGUAAAUGGAUUAAGCUGGGUACUUUCCAUGGUAGAGAUGAGCGGAAUGUCCAGAGUUUCCCUCUGGAUGAACAGAUGUAUGCAAAAUAUGUGAAGAUGUUCAUCAAGUACAUAAAGGUCGAGUUAGUAUCACAUUUUGGGUCAGAACACUUUUGUCCUUUAAGCCUAAUAAGGGUUUUUGGCACUAGCAUGGUGGAAGAAUAUGAAGAAAUUGCUGACUCCCAGUAUCAGUCAGAACGUCAGGAACUAUUUGAUGAGGACUAUGAUUAUCCCCUGGAUUAUAAUACUGUGGAGGAUAAAUCUUCAAAAAAUCUUCUUGGUUCCGCUACAAAUGCCAUUCUAAAUAUGGUGAAUAUUGCUGCUAAUAUUCUGGGAGCAAAAACUGAAGACUUGGCAGAAGGAAAUAAAAGUAUAUCUGAGAAUGCCACUUCCACAACUGCACCUAAAAUGCCUGAAUCAACUCGUGUUUCAACUCCUGUUCCAUCACCUGAAUAUGUAAUCAAGGAAGUCAUUGCACAUGAUACAGAACCAUCAACCACAGAUUCUCCAAAAGAAAGUCCAAUUGUACAGCUGGUUCAGGAGGAUGAAGAGGAAGCGAGUCCAUCUACAGUGACCCUUUUGGGCAGUGGUGAACAGGAGGAUGAGUCGUCAUCCUGGUUUGAGUCUGAGACACAAAUACUUUGUAGUGAACUGACCUCAAUCUGUUGUAUUUCUACUUUUUCGGAGUACAUGUAUAAGUGGUGCUCAGUCAGGAUUGCUCUCUAUCGGCAACGCAGCAGAGUUGCUGUGAGUAAAGGAAAGGAUCGUGUGUCUCCUCAGCCUUCAUUACCACUUCCUGUAGAAUCAGUGGUGGUUUCAGUACUGCAGCCUCCCAGUGGAGAUGUGGAUAACCAGAACCUGGAAAGAGAAGCUGAAACUGUUGUUCUUGAUGACUUAGGCAGUGUGCACCAAGGUGACCUGAUGAAUCACACAGUGGAUGCCAUGGAACUUGAACCAAGCCAUCCUCAAACUCUUUCUCAGUCUUUUCUCCUAGAUGUUACUCCAGAAAUCAGUUCACUGCCUAAGGUAGAAGGAUCUGAGUCUGCUAACCAUGAGGGAGGGCAUAAACCAUCACAAGUGAUGUCCCAAGAGAGUUCCGUUGAGUUUGAUGAUGGAACAGCAAAAAAGCCUGAGAGCUUUAGUUCUGAAGAGAAGGCAUCUGUUAUUUAUGAAACAAGUAAAGUUAAUGAAGUCAUGGAUAGUACUGUGAAAGAAGACAUGUCCUCCAUAGAACUUGUCACAAAGCCCUCUGAAGUAGUAGUACCACCACCCGCAAACCCAGCCACUGUGCUAGAGAGUGAAGAUGGGGAAACCAAAAUGAGUAUAGCUGAUGUACCAAAGCAUAUAGUGACUCCAGUUAUGGAUCCUUCAUUGCCUGAAGUGAAAGAAGAUGAACAGUCUCCAGAAGAUGCCCUUUUAAGAGGGUUACAGAGGACAGCUACAGAUUUCUAUGCUGAAUUACAAAAUUCUACAGAUUUAGGAUAUGGUAAUGGAAAUCUUGUGCAUGGAUCAAAUCAGAAGGAAUCAGUAUUUAUGAGACUUAAUAAUCGUAUUAAAGCCUUAGAAGUUAACAUGUCUCUCAGUGGUCGCUAUCUCGAGGAGCUUAGUCAAAGGUACCGAAAACAAAUGGAAGAAAUGCAAAAGGCUUUCAAUAAAACAAUAGUAAAGCUUCAGAAUACUUCAAGGAUAGCAGAAGAGCAGGAUCAGCGGCAAACUGAAGCCAUCCAGUUGCUACAAGCACAACUGAUCAACAUGACACAUCUUGUUUCAAACUUAUCAGCAACUGUAGCAGAAUUAAAACGGGAGGUUUCAGAUCGACAGAGUUACCUUGUCAUGUGUUUGGUUUUAUGUGUUGUCUUGGGACUGAUGCUCUGUAUGCAACGUUGUCGAAAUACUUCUCACUUUGAUGGAGAUUACAUGUCAAAACUUCCUAAAAGCAAUCAGUAUCCAAGCCCUAAAAGGUGUUUCUCUUCCUAUGAUGACAUGAAUUUGAAAAGAAGAACAUCAUUCCCCCUCAUCAGAUCCAAAUCUCUGCAGUUUACAGGCAAAGAAGACCCGAAUGAUUUGUACAUCGUAGAACCCCUCAAGUUCUCUCCAGAAAAAAAGAAGAAGCGUUGCAAGUAUAAAACUGAAAAAAUUGAAACGAUCAAGCCUGCAGAUCCAUUGCAACCUAUAGCCAAUGGAGACAUAAGAGGAAGAAAGCCCUUUACGAACCAGAGAGAUUUUUCUAAUAUGGGAGAAGUCUAUCACUCUUCUUACAAGGGCCCUCCAUCCGAAGGAAGCUCAGAAACUUCGUCACAGUCAGAAGAGUCCUAUUUUUGUGGCAUUUCGGCUUGUACAAGUCUGUGCAAUGGACAGACCCAAAAGACAAAAACUGAGAAGAGGGCUUUAAAACGAAGGCGGUCUAAAGUCCAAGACCAAGGGAAGUUAAUAAAAGCUCUUAUACAGACUAAGUCGGGGUCAUUGCCGAGCCUGCAUGACAUAAUCAAAGGAAACAAGGAGAUCACCGUGGGAGCGUUUGGCGUUACAGCAGUCUCGGGACAUAUCUAAUAGGAACUGAACAUUUAUACUGAAGACUUUUUUGUUGUUCUUUGAAGAACAGCCUAUGGUAUUUGAAGGGUUUGGGGAGGGAUAAAAUAUUGGGGAAAGUAUUCAGA